AUAUACCAAAAUGUUGUAAACGAUUAAACUACUUGUUAUAUGAUCAAGUGAUUAAUAAUUUACUUUCUGGUUGUACUACCUUAUCACUGUACAGUGAACUUCAAAAAUUGUAUGAUGAGGAAUAUUUGGGUUUGGUAAUAUGUAACGAGCAUAAAGACGACGCUAAAUAUGAAACAUAUGUAGAGCUGGAUGAACUAAUUACACAAUACAAGGAUUUGGAUGCAUAG